CUUUCUUUGCAUUUUAUUUCACUCUUUCGACAAGCUGUGCUUGGUCAUUCUUUAUUUGUCUUAACCAUUCCUAAAGUAUUUACUGGUUUGAUACCAUUUUCUGUCUUUGCACUCAUCUUUCAUCACAUACCAAGCAUUCUUUCCUACCAAUCAUCAAAAUGCAGUACCGUGUGAUCAUGGCGGCCACUCUGGCCAUUGGUGCCUAUGCCGCUCCCGCUCCCCUCAUUACUGGCGCUCCAUCUCUCUCUCGUCGUCAGGAUAGCGAGGGCGGCUCCGGUGGUUCUGGUGGAAGCAGUGUUCUCGAUGCUCCCAUGACCAUUGCUGCCGGCGAGUCAUUCGAUGGUGGCAAUGCUAUCUUCGACCGUGGUGUUUCUUGCACUGGUCAGGCCGAGGGCGGCGACUCCGAUGCCGUCUUCAUUCUCGAGAAGGGUGCCACUCUUUCUAACGUCCGCAUUGGUCCCAACCAGAUCGAGGGCGUUCACUGCAACGGUGGCUGCACUCUCAACAACGUUGUCUGGGACGCCGUCUGCGAGGAUGCUUUCUCCAUCAAGAAGCAGGAAGAUGGUGAGACCACCACCAUCAACGGUGGCGGCGCUACCGGUGCCGAGGACAAGGUCAUCCAGCACAACGGUGGAGGUACCGUCAUCAUCAAGGACUUCGAGGUCUCUGACUUUGGCAAGCUCUACCGUAGCUGCGGUAACUGCAAGGAGAUGCCCGCUCGCCACGUCGAGAUCUCUGGCGGUUCUGCCAGCAACGGAAAGAUCCUCGUCGGCAUCAACCCUAACAUGGGUGACACCGCCAAGAUCUCCGGCAUCCAGCUCACCAACGUUCCCAAGGAGUGCAUCACUUUCGAGGGUGUCACUGACGGCAGUGAGCCCAAGGAGGUUGGCACUUGUGACUCUAAUGCUGGCUCUGGUUCGGGCUCUGGUUCUGGAGACUCUACUGAGGCCCCUGCUACCCCUACCACUCCUGCCAAUGGCUCUGAGACCCCUGCCGCAUCUGAGGUUGCUGACCCUGUUGAGACCUCCGCUGAUGGCUCUCAGGGUGACGACCAGUCUGGUGACGAUCAGUCCGGCGACAACGAUGAUGGUGACAAGGAUGAGUCUGAUGAUGACAAGAAGGACGACGACUCUGACGAUGAGAACAAGGAUGAACAGUCCGACAACGAGAACCAGGACCAAGACUCUGAGUCUGAGAACCAGGAGAGCGCUGAUAACCAGCAGGCCCAGCCUUCUCAGCCUAACUUCAGCUUUGGAAGCGGUGGCUUCGGCGGCUUCUAAGCGAGCCUUAGAAUUGGGUUGGACACACCGUACAAUCUACCCAAAUACACCGGAUGUACUCGAAGGCAUCAAUCACAGUUAAAAACUUGUGUUCUUGUAUCUAUAUAGUUAAUGCUUAUGGGGUUAAGACAAUUGUUGAGGCG